AUGCGAUCGGGCCAGUGGGAGGUGGCGUACAGCGGUCCAGCAACAGAAUGCAUGUGUGAGCGCCUGACACCCUGGACCUUUUACCGCCUACGUGUGUGUAGCAUCACCACCGGAGGACACAGCCCGUGCACUGUUGGUGUUCCGGUCCGUACGUCAAGCGUGCUGCCAGGCCCCUGCCAGCCGCCAAGGAUUGUGGGUAAAGCCAAACACAAGGAGGUGCAAUUAGAAUGGGACUCCCCUGUCUCCGAUGGAGUGUGUGAUGUGUGUGUGUUCAGUCUGGAGAUGAGCGAGGGCGACACCAAGCCAGCAGAGGUGUACAAUGGGUCGGAGCUGCAAUGCACGGUCAGCAGUCUGCUACCUGGGGCCACGUACAGCUUCCGACUGCGGGCUGCCAACGAGGCGGGGUUUGGAGCAUACUCUGACCCCACAGAGGUGACGACUGCAGCGGGUCCUCCUGGCCAGUGCGGGGCGCCACUCAUCACUCUCACCAACAACACUUGCGUAACGCUUAACUGGGAGAGUCCCGAGGGUUCGGGUACAGACAUCUCCGAAUAUCGUUUGGAGUGGGCGAGGGAGGAGGAGCCCAUGGAGCUGAUCUACUGUGGAUCAGCCACACAGUGUGAACUGUCGGAUCUGACGCCUGCCACAGACUACUGCUGCAGGCUACAGGCGGUGAAUCAGGCAGGCGCUGGCCCUUACAGCGAGCAGGUGAGUUUCAAGACCCCAGCGACGACUCCCGAUCAGAUCCCGCCUCUCAUCCUCCUGGAACUCCCCACCUCCUCUGAGUCGGGGCACUCCCCGUCUACCUGCCUCCUGCUGAAGUGGGAGGAGCCGAACAGCAACGGGGCGGACAUCACCUCCUACGUCAUCACCCUGGAUGAGCAAACCAUCGCUGUGGAAUCAGGGACGAGUCACCUGGUCACAGGCCUGCAGCCGGACACCGAAUACAGCGUACAGAUCCAGGCGGUGAAUGCCAUCGGCUCCAGUCCCGCGAGUCCCACCCUGCAAGCAAGGACACGGCCCCUUCCCCCGGCCCCGCCCCCGCUCGAAUGCUCGGCGGCCGGCCCUCAGAGCCUGAAGCUGAAGUGGGGCGAGAACGUCAGCCACACGCGCGCCCUGCUCACCGACGACACGGUCUACAUGCUACAGAUGGAGGACAAGAACCACAGGUUUGUGACGAUCUACCGCGGCCCCAGCCACACCUACAAGGUCCAGCGACUAAUCGAGUCCAGCAGCUACAGUUUCAGAAUACAGGCCAUCAGUGACGCUGGGGAGGGUCCGUUCUCUGACACACACACCUUCUGCACCACCAAGUCUGUGCCCCCUGCCCUCAAAGCUCCCAGAGUGCACCAGCUGGAGGGCAACAUGUGCGAGAUCACAUGGGAGACGAUCCCACCGAUGAGAGGGGAUCCUGUGAGCUACGUGCUCCAGGUGCUGGUGGGCCGCGAGUCCGAAUACAAACAGGUUUUUAAAGGAGAAGAGGGUGUGUUCCAAAUCUCUGGUCUCCAGGGCAACACAGACUAUCGAUUCCGCGUUGGCGCCUGCCGCCGCUGCCAGGACUCGUGCCAGGAACUGUGCGGACCACUGAGCCCCUCCUCUCUGUUCACGCUGCGUCGCCAGGAGUCUGCGUCAUCCGGGGAGCUGUGCGCCGUGGAGACGGGCAAAGGGGCGGGCCUGAUCUCCAGCGACGAGCGCUUCGCAGCGCUGAUCGUGUGCGUGUUCGCGGGCUUCUCCAUCCUCAUCGCCUGCCUGCUACAGUACUUCUUCAUGAAGUGAGGGAAUUUUAACUAUAGGAAAGAAAGAGAAAGCAAAAUCACAGAGAAACUUUAAAAAUAUAACGUCUAUGAAAGAACCGAAUGAAAUCAAAACACUUGAGAUGAACUUCUAUGUAUGUUUUGUUUUUGUUAGUCAAAGUAUCGAUUCAGGCUUUUCCUCACCUCGUUCCUGUCGUCUUCUGCCUUCGCUCGGUUUGGUCUCAUUUCUCUCUACGUCUCUGUUGUCUUUGUAUCAUCGCCUGUUCCGUUCGUUGUGGACUUCUACCGAGGGAAGCCUCGUCUUAGCCGAACCUCGGUUGGAAAAGAAAACUGAUAAUCAAGCCUUAAAAUAGCUGUGAGCAGAGCAGUUGCUCCUCAGACUGACUUGCAUGUUUUUACUUUAUAUUUUUUUUUAAAACAUAUUCGAUUAGAGAACGUGUAUAUUUCUUGACGGUCAUUGCCUUACAAUAGGUUUUUUUCUUUGUUUUUCGAUGUUUUGAUUUUUGUUUUUGCUGCAGUCUUUAUUCAUUCAGCCAUAUUCCAAUGUAGGCCUUCAAAGCUUUAGCCGUAAUUAUCCAGUUUGUUACUACUCUGCAGGCUGUCGGUCCAAUCAUGCAAUCUGAGUCGAGACUGACAGACACGCGCAACGUGCAGACUUGCGUACAUAUACGUGCACACGUGUACAAUUUCACUCAUGCAACGACAAUGACAUAACACGUUUUUUCCUCCUACGAAGGCAAUCACUUAAUCCGCUCAGCUUUCAACGUUCAAUCACUCACUCAUUCAGCUACCAAAGUGAUGCAAUCCAUGUGUGGUGUAAGAUGCUGCUAUCCUGUGAUUUUAUUAUAUCUAAGAAAGAAUGGAAAACCAGUAAUCUAAUAUAUGUACACACAAUAUAUAUAUAUUAUAACAAAUAUCUAUGAUGCUAUAGAAGUGAUGUAAUAUAAGUGAUGGCAAUGUAAGGUCUGAAGUACAGUGUAAAAGCGGAGGAGUUUUACUGUAGGUGCUCACGCCAGCAGCUCUGAGGUCAGUUCAGUAGCUCGUGCGACUGUUUGAAGGAGCCCUUAAACGCUGGCCUCGGAUCAGCGCGUGAACCCUUGUAGGUAUUGAAAUGUUGGGGCGUAAACUGGCUUUGGCGUCGAGGAAGCCGCGGGCCUGGUUCGUGAUCGGCUGCAACUUUUGCAGGAAAAGGGCUGGGCAGGCGAAAGGCCCUCCGUCAGUCCUACCAUCUCAAAACACCAUUUCUCCAGCCUAUUAAUCCGUAGCUUUAGUAGCGAUGUGCCCGUAGUGUCACAGACCCAGAGGUGCUAACAGCUAGCCGCCUUUCUCAGAGCUGUGUGUGUGUGUGUGUGUGUGUGUGUGUGUGUGUGUUAACCAGGAAAGCCAUUAGGAGUUAGCUUGAGCUUUACCCUUCUGAAAUGUAUCCAGCUGCGAGCCAGAGCUGAAGCUGUAGUUUCCUGUCGGCUCGUCUGUGAAUCGAUUCAUUUGAAGACUCUGCGCCUCGUUUUUCUCAUUUCCUGCACACGAUUAUUAGUCAGUACCUUUUUACCUUGCCUUCCAUCCGCCUCCAUCUCUCUCUCUCUGCCCAUGCACAACUCUCUCUCCCCCCUCCUUCUCUUCUCUCCCUUCGCUCUCUCUUUUAAAAGGUGCUUUAUUGACAUGUAAUCAGAGCAGUAGCACGUCUGCGGUCUCCUCCUCAGAUGCACAUGUUCUCUGGGGACUCGAACUAAUGUUCACUAACCAAACAAGCCUUUGACGGAACACAACUCAACAACACAGGGCAUUCUGACACUCGUAACACCCCCCACCUCCCUUCAGAACCUUUUUUUUUGUUUUACCCCAACUCGGAAAAACAAACAAAGCCAAGGUACAGCCCAAUACACACACAUGAUCCAAAGAAGUCACCCUGACCCGCAUGGUUAAAGCGUCCACUUUCGUCGGGUGCGGUUGUCGGGGGAGGAGGAGGAAUCGGGUGGGGAAAGCGGGAGGUGGAGGGGGUGAUGAUGAGCUCUGAUUGGCAGCCUGUAACGUACCUCAGGGAAAAGGCCUUACAGAGGGGAGAUCUCAUCCCGUCUUCGUCCCCCGUCGCCGCCGCUGUCGCCGCCUCCGUUUCUCUCCGUCUUCCUACCGGUCCUUCUCUCUCUCUCUCUCUCACUAUUUCUUUUUCUUUCUUUCUUUUUUUUUUUGGAUGCUGUAUGCUGUAUCUUGUCCUCUGUCUAUGCUGUGCCUUGCUCCUGGAUGUCAGUAAGCAAAGUGGUUUACUAGCUCAAAAAAUACUUUUGCCAAAGUUGAUGGGAAAGUUAAGGUAGAGUUCUUUUCUAGGUUUUUAUUUAUACUAUAUAUUUGCAUACAGUACUUUACAUGCCAAUUACAGUGCAAUCUUCAUUUAUUUAUUGUUUAAAGAUUAAGAGACAAGUGUAGUUAUAUACUAAUUUUUUUUUCCUUGUAGCAUGUUUUUUUUUCUUUUCAUUUUUUUUUUUUUGUAAUGGAUGUACUUUAGAUUGUAUGAUUAAGGCCAGCAUUCCUUAUCUCAGUAACCCUUUAAGUAUUUCUCUUACAGCUGUUGGGAACCUGUAGCUCAUCAGACAUGCCUUGCAGUUAUCGUUGCCGUUUCAAACAUGUAACCAAAUGUAAUUUUCAUGUUUCGUUUCAUCUCCUGUUUCGGCUGCACCCAGCCGAGCAGUCCUUGUAAUGCUUAGACAGACAUGUAGCAAAGCCAGGCCUUAGGGUGAGUUCAGAGUCAUCGGUAUUGGGAUAAACGUGGCUGCCUUUGGCUUUUUGUUAUUUUAAUUUUUCCUGAUUAGUGUUAUAAUGAAGCUUCUGAUAUCCUUCUACAGUUUUAUUGCCAAAGUGCAGGCUUCUCGUGUCCACUAGAUGUCGCAUUUGCAGUUGUCUAAAGGGUUCCUGUGAUGUUCUUCUGUAACGACACAGCAUUAUUAUUAUUAUUGUGAUUAUUAUUCUCUCGAAAGGAAAAAAAAAAAACAUUAACGUGAUCUGUGAUUAUGCUUCUUUUCAUAUUAUCUUUCAUUAUUUUGUUUUGUAAAGCAAAAUGUGCCAUUUUGAAAUGUGUAGCCCCUUUUGGAGGAGAGUUUUUAACACAACCUGAUUUCACACUGAAAGUUCAAAUGCAAAAAAAAAAGAAGAAAAAAAAAGGCAAAAACAAUCAUUCGAUGAUUUCAGGCAAACGAUAUUGACGAUUCCUUGUUCAGACUAGUGCUGGUAUAGCAGCAGUGAGUAUUUUGUAUCCAGUAUUUUGCUAAGAGAUGAUUUACAGAGAUAUCUAUAGAGCUAUAGAAUGAGAUGGUAAAUACAUUAUGACUAACAGAGUUGAAGCACUUUUUUUAUGCCGAGCAUUAGUCUUGAUGAGGUUAAUGAGAGCGGGAGGGGAAACGCGGCCCUCCGCUCGUUUCCAAACACUACUGCCAACGCCACCUGUUGCAUUCAUUGGCAUCGUCCUGUCAUUGGCGUCACUGUGACAUUACGGCAUUACUGGAGCACGCUUCUGUGCUUCUCGAAUGGCGCCCUGCUUCCUGCAACGUCAAGGAAGUGCGGCGCCUUUUUCCUCAGACGUGCUCGUGGUGUCUCUCCCUGCAGCCCCGUCGCAUUGUAGUCGACGGUUGCCGCGUGAGGUGUCCUGUCCUUAAAACCCGUGAUGUUAUGUUGCCCACCCGCGGCCCCCUUCGACCCCCCCCCCAUGUUCAAGCCUUAACGCCUUAACGCCCCAGUGGGAGAGCGGAGGUUUUGCCUUGUGUUUGGCCAAACCGAGGCCAGUUAUGUUAGCGUUGUAUAGUCUGAGGUUAACGCAGUGUUAGCUGACAGACUGCGUGUUUGCGGGCAAGGUACUCCCCUUUUACGUGCUUUGUUGUUUUUGUUUUGAUUUUCAAAUGCUGGUGAUUCUAUAGACAAUACCCCCCCCCCGACCCAAACGCCCUCCCCUUCCAUCGCGCAGGUCCUGCACAUUUGUCGGGUGAUGACAAGAAUGAGAGACUUUUUCUUUUUAAUUUUUUUACCCAGCAACCCCCACAUCUGUGCCUUCUGAUCAGUUUUUUUUUCUUUUUCUUUUUUUAAUGUUUUGUACGUUUUACAGUAAGUAGAGAUUUUGACUGAGAGAUUGGCGAUUUGACAAACACACAGAGAUUCACAGGUAUUUAACUAUUUUUUAAGCGAGACAAAAGAAACAUAUUUUUACCUCACGAUUUAAAAAGCAAACAUUCCAAUGUUGUCAUGGUCUACGAAUUGAAUUUAAAAAAAAGAAAUUCAUGCAUUUCUUCUUGUAUUGUAAAUGUUAGACAAUUUCAUAUGCAUUAUAUAAAAAAAAACUGCCAUAUCAAUUUUAAUGUAUAGAUUUUUGCAAAUACUACCCUAUGUAUGUAAGACGUAACUGUAUCGGUAGCGUAUAUAUAAUAUAUUUAUGCCCAAUAAAUGUUUUAAUUUUUUUCUGA